AUGGAAGAGAAGUGGAUUGGGUCUUUCCCAGUAUCCGGAACCGAUCCAGACACCGUUUCUUUACGACUGGAUCGAUUCGCACCUCAGCUACCCCCGAUACCAGUUCAACUAUCAGUUUCGGUGAUUGGAGUGAAGGUUUGUGCAAAUGACGAUGAUAAGGUUGGUGAAUAA